GCAAUUAUGUGAGGUUAUGCAUAUGAAAAAGUGAAUAAACCUUAUUUCUUGUUUUUGAAGAUAUAAAUUUAUAUUAUUCAAAAUGAAUGCGCCCCCAACUUUCGAAUCCUUUCUCUUAUUCGAAGGCGAGAAAAAAGUAAUUCGAGAACAAGACACAAAAGUGCCUAAUGCAGCUAUUUUUACGGUCAAUAAAGAAGAUCAUACUUUAGGAAAUAUGAUUAGAGAUCAAUUAUUGAAAGAUCCUGAUGUAUUGUUUGCUGGAUACAAAGUACCUCACCCCUUGGAACACAAAUUUGUUUUGAGAAUCCAAACUACUUCUGACUAUUCUCCGCAAAAAGCUUUCAUGAGCGCCAUCACAGAUUUGAUAGCAGAAUUGUCUUUAUUUGAGGAAAGAUUUAAGGAAGCAAUUAAAGAAAAAAAGGAACAUUUAGGAGAAUAAGUUUUUUAGAUGUAGUAUAUUAUCCAGUUUUUCUAUGUAUAAUUAAUAUUUUGUACUCAUACUAUAAAUAAGUAAUAUGUGAAUGAAUUUUAUUUAAUCAAUUUUAUACACAUUUUCAACCC